UUAGUUCUCUCGCUCUCUGAAGUUACUACCGACCAUCACCACCAAUAUUCGCACACACACGAGUUCACAUACACACACAAACACUUACACAUGCACACACACGCGCGCACACACACACGAGCCCCGCAUACACACUCACACACUAACACAUUCACACACACACACAAAAAAUAAAAGCUUUCCCCCUGACCUCCGACCUCUCCUAAGCAUAUCGCUGCGCCGCAUCUGUGCCAAAAUAUCAAACGCAACGCGCAGCGAAGCUAGUACUCCCUUAUAAGGAACUUACGAUUCAUUGACGUUUGAAAUAUAUAAUGUAUGUCAACACCGAAUGUAUUCAUUUGGUGCCUGCCUUUCAUUAAUGUUAACUUAAACGAACAAAAGUCAAUCAUUUCACAUAUCCUCCAACUCUCUCAAUCAGUCCCUACUGUAUAGGUAUUAGGGACUACUUUUUUGCUGCGCCAGUGAACAGGCCUUUUAAAUAGGCGUUGUGAAUCCAUACUGCCACAACUUUUCGGGAAAACUUUGAGUGUCCUCCCAUCGAAAGGAUUUUCAGGAAAACUUCGGGAUUUUACUUGUUUGUUUCGACUUGUAUCGGAUAUAGAGUAUUUAGAAGUACGAGGCUGGUUCGGUUCGUGAUUUUAGUCACUUAGUUGGCGAAAAUGUCGCAACAAAGGACCGAACAGAAGGGAAAUCAAGUCGUACAUGUUAGGGGAGACAGCGAUUCCGACUUGGAGGCUCUGUUCAAGGCUGCUAUGAAUCCUUCAGAAGUCCCACAUCAACUUCCAUUGCGGAUGAGGAACCUGCCGGCUUCUUUCUUCACACCGCCCGAUCCGACGCAACAAAAGCAACACAGCAGGGAAGGGAGUACGGAUUCGACGGGUGCCGGUAGCGGGUCGGUGUUGAAUUCUCCGGGUUUGACCAUUGCUCACCCUCGCGCACAUUCUUCCCCGGCCAGUUUAGCGCAAACUAUGAGCGCAGCCCCUCCUCCGUCGUCCCAGCAUGUUAGACAGCAUAGUUAUGAUCUCACAGACGAACAGCCCCUACCCCCGGGAUGGGAAAUGGCAAAAACUAAUCAAGGACAUCGAUAUUACCUCAAAAGCAGAGAAACAGAUACAGACAGACAAAACAGGGAACUACAGAUUCCACCUAAUAUUUGAAAAAUAAUCUUUUUC